AGCCUAGUUUCAGAAAGUAUCAACUAAGCUCUCUGAAGCACUUUGGGUGAAAGAGCAAAACUUUCUGUUUCUAGACAGCGUUUUGUUUUGCUCGAGAGGCAGAUUAUUUUCAAGAUUCGAUCAAUUUCUUUAGCGUCGGCUGCUCCAGACUUAGUUCGCGAGAGAACGUUUUCGUGUCCUUUACCCGGCAGUGACAUAACGGUACGUCAAUGCACGAGCCCUAUCUGUCUGCUAGAUGCGAAUGAAUGAUCUAGUUCACGUUUUAAGUUCACAGAAAGGAAAAUGUGGUCGAGAGCCCAUCAGUUUGUGAGCAGGGUGCCCUCUGUCACCCACCUUCCAACUCUAAACUUCUCACCAAGCCCUACAUCUGUUGCAAAUCUCGCAAACUUACUUAAAAAAGGACCAAUAUGUCAGUGCUACCUUGUACCUUACAGCACAAUUGCAUCCAACAAAAGUUUUGUCCUAAAUGGGAAAUCAUUGCUAGUUAUCAACCAUCCAUCAUCAUACCAAAGAAGAGGGUAUAAAACAGAUCAGGACUUUGGACAUAAAAGGAGACCAGGGGAUCCGUUCAUGAGUUUUUUAUAUUUAUCCAUUGGACUUGCGUUGAUAUACAUCCCUCUACAUGAGUAUGUUCUGUAUUAUGGUCCUCAUUUCAAAGACUAUUGUUCUGAAUGGUUCAAACAGGGCAAAGGAAUCUUGAAGUCUUUGCUACCAAAAGUGGAUGCUGCUACAAUAGAUGUGGAAAAGCACGCAAAAGUUUCUGUUGGAGAAACGUCAGCUGAAGAGACUGAAGUUGAUGAAACUAAGAAGAAGAAGAAAAAGGCUAUAGGAUUCCGCGAGAGGAGAAUAAUUGAAUAUGAAAAUCGCAUCCGCCAAUUUUCAACUCCUGAUAAGGUUUUCCGCUACUUCGCAACUCUUCAAGUAACUCAUGUCCAUUCUUCUGGAUUUCAAACUCAUGAAGUGUUCAUGACACCUGAUGACUUCCUUCGAUCAAUGACUCCAGGAAUAAAACAGCCGCCGGGUUUGGGGCUUGAUCGAUACAAAAGAUAUGAUCCAAAGAACCCUUCGGAGGACGUUCACACAAAACUAGAGUUGGCUUUGGAUGAGGACAGCAUCUUCUACAAAUUGGGAAGUGCAGGACUUAUUACAUUCUCGGACUAUAUCUUCCUCCUUACAGUUCUUUCAACUUCAAGGCGUCAUUUUGAAAUUGCAUUCCGUAUGUUUGACUUAAAUGGGGAUGGGGAUGUGGACUGUGAAGAAUUUGAAAAAGUUGCCACACUUAUCAGGCAACAGACAAGUAUUGGGAGUCGUCACCGAGACCACUCUAAUACUGGCAAUACAUUCAAGGGUGUCAACUCAGCCCUGACAACAUUUUUCUUUGGAUCUGACUUAACAGAAAAGCUAACCAUUGAAAGAUUCCUAGAUUUUCAGCAAUCUUUACAAAGGGAAAUUCUGAAUUUAGAGUUCCAGAGGAAAAAUCCCGAUGAACAUGGAAAUAUUACUGAAGCUGACUUUACAGAACUUCUUUUAGCAUAUGCCGGCUAUCCUCAGAAAAAGAAGACAAAAACCUUGAAGAGAGUGAAGAAAGUGUUCCAUAGCUCUCCAGGGGUCAGUAGAGAGGACUACUUAAAAUUCUUUCAUUUCCUAAACAACAUUAAUGAUGUUGACACAGCCCUCACCUUCUAUCAUAUUGCUGGUGCUUCUAUUGACCAGGCUACCCUCAAACAUGUUGCUAAGACUGUUGCACAUGUUGAUCUUAGUGAUCACAUUAUUAGUGUUGUAUUCACAAUAUUUGAUGAAAACUUGGAUGGUCAACUCAGCAAUCGGGAAUUUGUGGCUGUAAUGAAGAAUCGUCUCCUUCGAGGUCUUGAAAAACCAAAAGAUACUGGUUUUGUAAAACUCUUACAGUCUGCUGUGAAGUGCGCACGGGAAACAAAGCCGGUUCUUUUGGACUUUUGAUAUUGUCAGUGUUGUGGUAUACCUAAUGAUCUACUUAUUCUAUGGAUUGAUACCCAAUUGAUUGUUGCCUUAUCUUAUUUGCAACAUUCAUUCGUUUUUUCACUGUUCAGCUUGAUUUAAGUGUCAAAUAGACAAUUUAUAAUAUUGCAACUUCUCUCCAUUUCAACUUUGUUUUAGCUCUGUUUCUGUGAGAACCUAUCUACCAUGUAUAAAGUCUCAUAAUUUCUCCUUAAAAAUUAAAAACAAAAACAAACAAAAAAACUUUUAUUUUUUUCUGGAGUUUAUGUGUUUGCUGUUUUCUUCCAACUGGCAUCUAGUCUAUUGGCAUGGAGCUGGUCUAACCACGUCAAAAGGAAAAGACUUUACCUACUUAUUUGCGCUGUGAAAUAUUUCUCUCUUUGUACCAUGUAAUUAAUUAAGUGUAUUUCAUUGAAAUAAAUACAUCCCACAACUUGAUA